UCUCUCUGUAAAAUCCAAAACCCUAACUUCAAGAUUCAGCUUCGAUUCGGGUUUCUGGGUUUCCUAACAGUUCCAAAUGAGACGAACCAUAGGAAGAUCCUUGCAAAUUUCCAGCAAUCACUACAACGGAUCGCUGACCCAAACCCCUUUUCUACUCCAAUCAUCAUCCCCCUUCUCCACUUCCGGCAGUGGACGUGGCCGAGGUGGCGGCGUUCCCCCAGCUCCUCCCCAGUUUGAUUUUGUUCGACCCGAAUCAGAUGAGUCGGGGCAAGGCUCGCCGCAGCCAACCCAAGUUGGACUUGGUCACGGCCGUGGUAGGCCGUCUGACGCAGUUCUUCCAUCUUUUUCUUCCUUUGUUUCCCCCGUUAGACAGUCUCAAAUUGGGUCUGGUCGUGGCCGGGUUGCCAGCGAAUCAUCUGCUGCUGAUGAGUCGUCAUCACUUGGGCAAUCCAAGCAACCUAUUUUCAUCCCGAAAAAGGAUGUGGAUGGUUUUGAUUCCGCCAUUGAAUCAGCGGCGAAGCCGAAACCCACUCAGUCGAGUGAAACUAAUCUCCCUUCUAGCAUACUCUCAGUUUUACCCGGAGCUGGACGAGGGAAACCUUUGAAGCAGCCUAUUCCUGCAGCGCAAGUCAACGAAGAAAACCGUCAUAUUCGGGUCCGGCAGCAGCCUUCCAGGUCUGCACCUGCCGCAGACCCAUCCCCAGCUCAGCCUAAGUUGAGCCAGGAAGAAGCUGUGAAGAAGGCAAUGGGAAUCCUUUCGCGUGGAGGUGAUGGCGAGGAUGCUGGUGGGAUGGUGAGAGCAAGAGCGGAAGGGGGUAGAGGAAGGGGAAUGGGAAGGGCAAGGGGAAGAGGGAGGGGACGGGGGAGAGGAGAUAGACGAAUGGUAGUGGACAGAAGCAAUGUUAAGUACUCUGAGGAAGCAGACGAUUCAUAUGCCGGUGACGAAGCAGAUGAAGAAAAGCUGAUACAAGAGAUUGGACUUGAGAACGUGAACAGCAUUGUUGAUGGGUUUUUGGAUGCAAGCAGUAGGGUCGUGCAUCCGCCUUUGGACGAUGCUUAUUUGGACGCCUUCCACACUAAUUGCCUGAUUGAGUGUGAGCCAGAGUUUUUGAUGGGAGAUUUUGGCACAAACCCAGAUAUUGAUGAUAAACCGCCAAUUCCUCUUCAUGAUGCACUUGAGAAGGCAAAGCCCUUCCUGAUGGCAUAUGAAGGAAUUCAAAGUCAAGAAGAAUGGGAGGAAGCCGUCAAAGAAGCGAUGGAGAGGGUCCCUUUAUGGGAAAAGGUUAUUGAUCAGUACUGUGGACCUGAUAGGAUUACAGCAAAGAAACAGCAAGAGGAACUAGAAAGAAUUGCAAAAACUAUUCCUAACAGUGUGCCCACCUCUGUGAAGCAAUUUGCUAAUCAUGCAGUUCUUUCCCUGCAGAGCAACCCCGGUUGGGGAUUUGACAAGAAAUUCCAAUUCAUGGAUAAGCUUGCCCGGGAAGUCUCUCAACAACACAGUUGAAGUUGGAAGGCUUGUUUCUGAUGAUGAUGUCAUGAUUACUGAGAUCUUUUUCUGGAAUCGAUAUAUGUUGAUUCAAUCUUCAUUUUGAAAAAUAAUCUUAUAUGCAAAAUGUUUUUCAAAAAAAAUUUGGAGCUGUGUCCCAUAAUUGACUGUUGGAAUAAACUCCUUAAGCAGGUCUCAGCAAAUCACCAUCUUUUAUUAGAAAACGAUCAUAUGUUUGAUAUUUAUAGUAUGGGUUUAGCAAACAGCAACCACAAAAGAAUACAUAAAAAGAUGUUAAGCUUAACUAUAUCAUGAGAGAGGAGACUUUGUAUGGAAUGAACUUUCUCAUUGUCAUUGGUGGCAAACUCUGGUUAUGUACAUAUCACUGGAGGUUCUUUUGAACAAACCCUAAUGCAUAAAGAAGCAUGGAAAGCAGCUUCAAUGUUGUUUACAAGGAAGUCAAUCUAAAUCUAAGUAUCAUUUGACCCGUGUUGCCAAAGGUAAAUUAUAAUACCAUCGCUCCAACAAGAACUUACUCAAAUGGAAAUCCUCUUGGUCUAUCAGAAAGCAUGAAAAUUAGCAACAUGAAAAUUAACACUUUAAUUUCAU